CACCUUCAUCAUGAACCCAAUAGAACGAACAUUUGUCAAGACUCUACCAUCGCCUGCUCUAUUCAACAACUCCAUGCUACUGAUGUUCCGGCAAGUGAUUACAAUAAUCAUCACCGCCAAUUUCUGGCAGUGUAUGCUUCAGCAAUUUCCACACCGGUUGAUACCAUACUACAUAGCCGCCAUACUCUCAGCUGUUCUUGCUGUUCUUAUUGCAGUUACCAUGCUUGCUGUGCUCCUGUGGAGGGGUUUCUUCCACUCGGAUUUCUCGACGGGUUUUGAGGAUAUCACUUUACGAAGCUUCGCUUUUGAGAUUCUCAACAACGCCAAGCGUAUAGUCUGCUCAUCCGUAUUUCUGAUUGUCGGCAUGAUAUUUACUAUCCUUCCAUUCGUUCGGAUUGGGAUAUACAUGGCAUCGAUGCCUUUCCGACCCACCACCGAACCUUCCGUGAUCGACCCUGACCACCCAUUUGCAGUCAAUCGCAACAACUUUAUGCUCGCAAUGUACUAGGUUGCUAUGAGCAUACCGAUGUCGAUAUUUGGAAUGCUGUUCUAUGUAUUAGCCUCCUGUCUAGAUCGCAUAAUUACGUGGGAAUGGGAUAUUUUCUCAAUCACGGGAUUGAAGAAAGCUUGGAAGGAAAGGGGCAAGGAAAUGGCGCUUAUCGAAGAGCAGCUCAGAACUCUGCUUCCUGUUGCUUUUGAGCCUCUGUAUGUGGAUGCUUCGGUACAGACUGAGGAAGGGAGGGGUCGCGAGUAGGUAAAGGAAUAGGUUUAUCUUGAGGGAGAAAGAAUUCCUGUAGUCUUCUGGUGACGUUCUUUCACCUUGUAAUGUACGGGAGCCGAGUCCACUGAGAGCAACUGUAUCAAUAGAUGGAGAAGAGGUUCAGCUGACCAUCCAGAUCAACCUGGAAUUCAAUGUUGUUGUGUUUUUCGCCUAAGCAGUUGACUUUUUUUCAACAUUCUCAAUUAUCGCC